AUGGAGCCGGCGGAGAGGGCGACGUCGAACCUGAUCAACCAGCUCGGUUUGCUGCUGCAGGACCAGGGCGACCUGGACGGCGCGGAGGCGCUGCUCCGCGAGGCGCUGGAGGGGCACCGAGAGACGCUCGGCGACCGGCAUCCGAGCACGCUCAUCUCGAUCAACAACCUCGGCUCGCUGCUGUACGCCAAGGGCGACCUGGACGGCGCGGAGGCGCUGUUCCGCGAGGCGCUGGAGGCGUGCCGAGAGACGCUCGGCGACCGGCACCCGAAGACGCUCACCUCGAUCAACAACCUCGGCGCGCUGCUGAAGGACAAGGGCGACCUGGGCGGCGCGGAGCCGCUGUACCGCGAGGCGCUGGAGGCGAAGCGAGAGACGCUCGGCGACCGGCACCCGAGCACGCUCAACUCGAUCAACCAGUUCGGCUUGCUGCUGAAGGCCAAGGGCGACCUAGACGGCGCGGAGGCGCUGCUCCGCGAGGCGCUGGCGGCGAGCCGAGAGACGCUCGGCGACCGGCACCCGAAGACGCUCACCUCGAUCAGCAACCUCGGCUUGCUGCUGGCGGACAAGGGCGACCUAGACGGCGCGGAGGCGUUGUUCCGCGAGGACGUGGCGGCGAGCCGAGAGACGCUCGGCGACCGGCACCCGAGCACGCUCACUUUGAUCAGCAACCUCGGCUCGCUGCUGCAGGACCAGGGCGACCUGGACGGCGCGGAGGCGCUGCUUCGCGAGGCGCUGGCGGCGAGCCGAGAGACGCUCGGCGACCGGCACCCGAGCACGCUCGGCUCGGUCAACAACCUCGGCUCGCUGCUGUAUGCCAAGGGCGACCUGGACGGCGCGGAGGCGCUGUUCCGCGAGGACCUGGAGGCGAGCCGAGAGACGCUCGGCGACCGGCACCCGAAGACGCUCAACUCGAUCAACAACCUCGGCUUGCUGCUGGCGGACAAGGGCGACCUGGACGGCGCGGAGGCGCUGUACCGCGAGGCGCUGGAGGGGAGGCGAGAGACGCUCGGCGACCGGCACCCGGACACGCUCACCUCGAUCAGCAACCUCGGCGCGCUGCUGAAGGCCAAGGGCGACCUGGACGGCGCGGAGGCGCUGUACCGCGAGGCGCUGGAGGGGAGGCGAGAGACGCUCGGCGACCGGCACCCGCACACGCUCGGCUCGAUCAGCAACCUCGGCUCGCUGCUGCAGGACCAGGGCGACCUGGACGGCGCGGAGCCGCUGUGUCGCGAGGCGCUGGAGGGAAGCCGAGAGACGCUCGGCGCCCGGCACCCGAGCACGCUCACCUCGAUCUACAACCUCGGCUCGCUGCUGCAGAAGCAAGGCAGGCUCGGGGAAGCCAUCCCGCUCUUCCGGGAGGAGCUGGAGGGGUGCGCUGCGCGGUACGGAAAGGGGGAUGACGAGACGAGGGGCUCAGCCCGCAACCUUGUCGCGCUGCUGGAGAAGGCCGGGCGACAGCGCCAGGCUGACGAGAUCGCUGCCACGUAUGGCGUCUGA